CCGGCAGUGAGAAUGUUGUUUGGCUCGGAUCGGCUCUGAGGCUUUACAGUGCACGCGAGUAAGGUUUUUGAAGAUUUGGACGCCAAGAAACUCUACACUGCAAUGGGGAGAAGCAAAAAGAGAACAGCAACUGAGAGUGACAACGAAGCUCCUCCAGUCCAGUCGUCAGAAGAUGAGCUGCCAGUGACCAAGAAGGCUAAGACCAAGUCAACUAAAAAGGAAAAAGUCGCUGUCAAGCCAGUUGAGGAGGACCUGGAGGAAGAAGAAUUGGAGGAAGUGGAAGACUUUGAUGAUGAUGACGGCAAGGGUUGGACGCAAGCAGACCUCUUGAAGCUAUUCAGUCGAAUGGAAGUGCACAUACCUGAGAGGGACAAGAGCAAGUUUGAAAGCUGCGCUGCGAAACUAGACUGGAAUGAUAUUGCCUUCGACAAUUUCUCGGCGGCUGACUGCAAAUUGAAGUGGGCGGCCGUGUCCCUUCGGCUGAGGCGCUAUCGCCUGCUGAAGGAGCUGUUGGAUGAUGCCAAAGAAUGGGUGUACAAGCCCUGGACCAACUUUUACAGGAGUCAGAAGACAAACCGGCAUCCAAAAAUGCCCAAGAGACCUCUGUCAACCUACAUGCUCUUUUAUAUGGAGAAGAAAGACAAGGUUGCUAAAGAAAGGCCCAAUAUUGAAAUGACGCAACUCUCGAAGAUCAUAGCUGAAAUGUACAAAGUCCUGCCCGAAAAGCAGAAAAAGAAAUAUGUUGACAAGGCUCAGGUGCAGAGGGAAGAGUACACGCGGAAAAUGGAGCAAUUCUAUGAAGAGUUCCCAGAGCUGAAACCAACCAAGACGAAAAGGACCAAGUCUGCCAAGGAAUACCCAGGGCCGCGCAAACCUUCCACCCCAAUCACGCACUAUUUGAAGGAUAAGAUGGAAAAGCACAGCAAUGAACCGGAGAGUGAGCGCCAGAAACUGAAUGAUCAGUACAAACUAGCGUGGAAGGAACUUAGUGACAAAAAGAGGAUCCACUGGAUAAAAAUGGCCUUGGAGGACGAAGAGAGAUAUAAAAUGGAGCUUGCCCAGUUCAAAGAUGCAAAUCCAGGCUUUGCGGAUCAGCUUCAUAAGUCUGUGCUAAAUAAGGAAGAACGGGCGUUGUACGAAAAGUCUAUAGGAAAGCCAGAGAAGCCUCCCAACUCAGGCUACAGCCUCUUCUCAAGAAUCAUGCUCAGCAGUGAAGAAAUUAAAAAUAUCAACCAUAAGGAUAGGAUGACUCAAAUUUCGUCCAUGUGGAAAAACCUGUCUCCCAAAGACAAGCGGAAGUACCAUGACAAAGUGCAGCAGAUGCUAGAGCAGUACAAGAUGGACUUCGCCACUUACCUAGAGACUCUCACCCCUGAACAGAAGGAAGAAGCACUGCGGAAGGCAGGCACUCGUCGCAAGGCUGAUGUCUUGUCAGGCAAGAAAAAGAAAAUUGUUGACAAGCCCAAGAAGGCGGCGGCACACAACUCAGACGAUGAUGACGACGAUGAGGAUGAUCCAGUGAGGACUUCCAAGUCAUCUUCAAGCUAUCCUGUAGAGGAGAAAGUUGAGCUUUUCAAGGGAGAGCCAGAAGCACCUCCACCCUCUGCAUUCAAGCUAUUCCAAAAUGAAUUUCUGGUCAGUGCUAAGAAAAUUCCAGAAGCCAAUCGCGUCAAAGAUUCGCACGCUUUUUGGAACCAGAUGACUGAAACUGAUAGGUCCAAGUGGCGCAAAAAGUUGCAGGACGCCAAGACCAAAUACAUCAGCAAAUACGAAAACUUUUUGAAGAGUCUUACCCAAGAGCAGUUGAAGGAGUACUCUAUCAUGAAGACUAAUGCUAAGAAAAUUAAGGCUGAAGCUAAAAGCGAUGGCGAGGAAGACGAAGAAGAUGAUCAUGACAAUGACGAGGAUGACGAUAGCGAUUCUUCCAAGGAGUCAUCGUCGUCGUCCUCCUCCUCUUCCUCUUCAGACAACAGUGGCUCAGAAGACGAGGACGGCAGUUCUUCCAGCGAUGAGGACUAGAAUAGUUUUAUAUUCAGGAACAAAGCAUGCUGCCAAUGAAGAUAAGCCUGUUGAAUUCUUACAGUAUAACAGACAGUGGUCAGACACGGUCUCCUUCGGCGCACUACCAUUUUGAUAAAUAAUUACUGCGAUUGUUUCUCAAUAGGUUGUAUUCGAAAUAGUGCAUUUAUUGAUUGAUUUUGGAAAUCUGUGUGAGGACCUCUGACGCCGAGAUAAAAUAUGAGGCAAGCUCUGUAAGCUUGCCGUUGCAUUUGUGGAGAUCUGACCACUGAAUCACAAGUUUAAUUUUUAACUUCCCGGACGGGUACAAAAUUCAUCAAAACACGCAUUUUUUUAUUUUAAUCAUACGUCAUACUUCAUUAUAAUAUGCAAUCCGUUUACCUAGUGAAGGAAAUAAAGUAUGAUCUUUAUAAAA